AUGGUCGAGUUCAAGGUCGUGAAGGGAUCUCCAGACGGUACACUCGUUGAUGCAACCUCAUCACGCGAGGUCAAGUCUGACGAGGUAGUCAUCGAUAUCACACACAGCGGUGUCUGUUUCACUGACUAUCACUAUCGGCAAGCAGGCAUGGUUCUUGGCCAUGAAGGAUCUGGAAUUGUAAAACAAAUUGGGCCAGGAGUAACGAGAUUCAAGGUAGGUGACCGUGUUGGGUGGGGAUACCAACACAACAGCUGCGGGCAUUGCAAACAGUGUCUUACAGGCAGGGAGACUUUCUGCGCAGAACGAGAAAUGUUUGGUCUUGCCAACUUCGACCAAGGCUCGUUCGCAAGUGCUGCAGUUUGGAAAGAAGAUUUUAUCUACAAGAUACCGGACAAUAUUUCGUCAAGCCAUGCCGGUCCCUUAAUGUGUGGAGGCUCCACAGUCUUCAACGCGUUGAAGCUCAAUGGUAUUCGCCCUACGGAUCGCGUCGGAGUCAUUGGAGUGGGAGGCCUGGGUCACUUGGCCAUUCAGUUUGCCUCCAAAAUGGGAUGUCAAGUUGUCGUCUUCUCGAGCACUGAGCAAAAGAGAGCUGAAGCGAUGGCAUUUGGAGCAAGCGAAUUUUAUACGACAAAGGGCGUCGAGAAACUGGAAAUUCCUGCUCCGAUUGAUCACUUGCUGGUCACCAGCAACGCCCAACCAGACUGGAACCUCUUUCUACCCAUUAUGGCGUCAGAGGGGACAAUUUACCCGAUUACAGUUUCUUUUGACAACGUUUCGAUACCAGCGAUGGGACUCAUAAUGGGUGGCUUGAGACUUCAGGGAGGUAUGAUCGCUACACGGCAGAUACAUCGUGAAAUGCUUGAGUUUGCUGCUCGUCAUAAGAUCGCCCCAGUUGUGGAAGAAUUUCCACUAACUGCAGCUGGCGCUACAGAAGCAUUAAAAAAGCUUCUUGAUGGGCAAAUGAGAUAUCGUGGAGUCUUGGUUGCGCAGAAAUAG